ACAUACGUCAUGAGGUACUUUAUUUUGGUAACUUCCGGCUGCUGACCGGAAGCCGUGUUAGUCAUCCAGGUAGCUCGGAGAGGAGGGAUCAGCUAGCUAAAGCUUUACAAGUUGAUGUGUUAACUAAUAAAGAGCGAAGGGUCAGGAGGAUGAGCAGCUCAGAGGAGGUGUCUUGGAUCUCCUGGUUCUGUGGACUCAGAGGGAAUGAGUUCUUCUGUGAGGUUGAUGAAGACUACAUACAGGACAAGUUUAACCUGACGGGUUUGAAUGAGCAGGUGCCUCACUAUCGCCAGGCUUUGGACAUGAUUCUUGACCUGGAGCCAGAUGAGGAACUUGAAGACAACCCCAAUCAGAGUGACUUGAUAGAGCAGGCAGCAGAGAUGCUCUACGGUCUCAUACAUGCACGUUACAUCCUCACAAACAGAGGCAUUGCACAGAUGUUGGAAAAGUAUCAGCAAGGGGAUUUUGGCUAUUGCCCAAGAGUCUAUUGUGAGAAUCAGCCAAUGCUUCCUAUCGGUUUGUCGGACAUCCCCGGAGAAGCAAUGGUGAAGCUUUAUUGCCCAAAGUGCAUGGAUGUUUACACCCCCAAAUCCUCCAGACACCACCACACAGAUGGAGCCUAUUUUGGGACGGGGUUCCCCCACAUGCUGUUCAUGGUGCACCCAGAGUAUCGUCCAAAGCGACCAGCCAACCAGUUUGUGCCAAGGCUAUAUGGUUUCAAAAUUCACCCAAUGGCUUAUCAACUCCAACUUCAGGCUGCAUCAACUUUCAAGAGCCCAGUCAAGACAAUUCGCUAGAACGCCGCUUUGACGAACACCGUGGACUUUAAGACUUUGUUGUUUACUUGUUUGAAGGAAUGGAUUACAUAUAUAUAUUCCCAAUGAAUGCCUGUACAGUUUCCCAAACUCACCUAGACACUUUAAGAUUUUCCUCUCAUUUAGUGAAACACUGUUACAGUUGAGCAGGUUAGUUUUUCCGGUAUUAAACAUGUAAUCUCAAUCUCCUGAUACAGUGUUUAACUUUAAUUGAUGUCAAUCAAUCUUUGCUAAUUUUAGGGUUGUUUUCUCCGAAACUAAAAAAGUGUCUUUAUCUCUGUGAUAAUGAAGGCUACGGUGUGGCUUUGUGGCGUAAUAGCAGAUGAGUGAAUGUAACAGAAAAUGUUGCCACUAGCCUGACAGGUUUGCCUUAUCAGUGAUACAGUCAGUCCAUACUUUUGAAAGUUAACAUUAAAUCGCAUCAAAUCAUAUUAACUUGUGCUGCAGAACAGAUUUUGAAUGUGUUUUAAGAUUUUAUUCUGUUAAGAUGUAGGAUUUUAUUUGAAAACAGCAAUAUGUGUAAAUGUAAUCAGGUGCUAUUUCUAAGAAACAAUGAAAACCAAAUUAAGAGGUAGAAAGCAAGAACUCAUCUUAAAAAUGGACCUAUGCUUCAUUUCAAUUAUAUUAUUACGAUGUUCAGUUUCCUUGAAAUUCAUAGGCUGUGUAUGUACUUGACUGUUUAGGCAACUGUAACAACAUUUUCCUGAUAGUCCUGUAUUUGUAGUUUCAUUAUGUUUACAUCAUUAUGGUAUUAUAAUCUCGACAGAUGUGACAUUAUUUGGUGUUGAUUGAACAUCUACUAGCAAGUGAAUGGCAUUAAAUAUUUAUUUCUUACUAAGAUCUUUCAUACUGAAGUUGUAUGCUUCACAAAUAGACAGCCCAAUAAAAUGCAAAAUAAUGCAGAUUUUAUUUUUUUCAUAAAAAGACAGGGAGAAGUCACAAAGCAACAAUAUUUUCCAUUGUCUAAAAACUAUUUUUCUUCAUGUGAAAUUCUACAUUUUUCUUCCAGGAGAGGUUUCUGUUGUUGUCCAUGUAGCUACAAUACCAAUGGCUUCUUUUUGGGUUU